GCAAGGCCACCACUAUAUAAUCCCACGUUACCCCAUCAUUCAGUCCUCCCCCACUCUCACAUCUCAUUCUUACACAAUAAUAUGUCAGCCUGCAGCAAGAUUCGGCACAUUGUCCGGAUCCGGCAGAUGCUCCGGCGGUGGCGCAAGAAGGCUGCCCGACGGGCCCCCUGCGACGUGCCAGCAGGGCACGUGGCAGUUACCGUUGGGUCGAAUUGCAAACGGUUCGUGGUCCGGGCCACGCACCUUAACCACCCCUUAUUCAAGAAGUUGUUGGUCCGGGCCGAGGAAGAGUUCGGGUUCAGCAACACCGGCCCGUUGGCGAUACCUUGCGACGAAACUCUCUUUGAGGAAAUCCUGCGUUACGUGGCCCGAAGUGAGGCCGGCGUCAAAAGCUUGCCCCGUUUCCCCACCUUGGAGGAACACUGCCACGUCGGCUGUAGAAGCCACCGCCAUAUCUGGGCCGACUCGCGGCCCCUCUUGCACGGCGCUUCCGAUAACAACGUCUGGUGAUUGAAGCUCGUAUUCAUUUUUCUUCUUUACUCUCUCUCUCUCUCUCUGAUUUUGUGGGAGUGGGAGCGGCGAAUGUAUAUGAUGGAGAUGGCAAGUAGGUGGCUGAGUCGACUCACCACCGAGUCGUCCCACGUCAUUUCCAACUACACCGAAUUGCGGCGGAGGAACAUAAUGACCACCAUCUUGAUCUUGUGGUAGAUUCAAUUACCAUUUUUACCGAUUCUUUAUGGACAUUGUAAACGAAUAAUAUUGUACCAAACAGCCAAACAUAAUUGUUUUUCGAGAACUAA